AUGAGGUUGUUUGAUCCAUGGCCAGUGUUCUUCAAGAGGGAGUGGAAACGUUGUUGGCCGUUUCUCACGGGAUUCGCCGUAACCGGCGUCCUCAUCACCAAGCUCACCGCUGGAUUCACUGAGGAAGACGCCAAGAACUCCAAGUUCGUCCAACAACACAGGCGGUGAUUGGCUAAUGUGAAAUCUAUUUUGAAGAGUGCUUCUGGCUUUCAAACUUAUUCUAAUAAACAUAAAAAAAAGAGAGAAUCCUACAUACUUUGUCGUUGAUCUCUCGUUUCCUUUCAUCUUUUGUCUUUUCACAACUCUUGAAUCAUUGCAAGUUCUACUUUUGUUGAUACAAUCUUUUCCCCCAUAUGUUCGAAAUGGAAUAACUUUUCUCUUUUUGUUAAUGUUGAAUCGAAUGUGGAUCGCUUACCAUUCAUUAGUGACAAAUCUCAUUACUAUAGUUCAUUAAGCAAAAAUCCAAAACAACUUUCAGCAUAUAAAUCGUAGCAAUAGAACCUGCAGGGGACUGAGACCAAGCUAAUAAUAAUUAUACGAGUCAACGUACUCUCCAAUUCUGUCUCCAUGAGACCCACGCAAGAGAUAAACAAAGGGCCUGAGCUUAUACACCAGUCGGCAUAACAGAUCCUUCCUAUUCCUCGCCCGCAUCACUCUCAGUGCCUUCUUCACCACGAAACUCCCGAACUCACUCCUCGUCAGCCUCGCCAAACUCUCUCCAUCACACCCAUACAAAAGCUCUCCCACCACCAUAACCGCCUCGUCACUAUCCAAAAGCUUC